AUGGCUCCUCCGGGACAAAAAAAGCCACAACAAGGACAGCAAAAUGGACCGAAAAAGAAAGGAUACAAUCCAUAUAAUAAAUUCAAAAAUCGACAUUGGAAAAAGAAAAAGGGAAAUAAUGAUAAUUCAUCGAAGGAUGCUGGCGAAGAGUCAACUCGAAAUCAUUCACAUGCUGUUCCAUCAAGUCCAGUGAAAGUGAUUCAAACACCGAUCACAACUUAUAUUAAUAUUACUGAACAAACAGAACGAUACCGUGGCUGGUCUCUCUAUUUUCCCGAUACAGAUAAAGAAUCUGAUCUUAGUUAUCUGUCAGUUUGUCAAUUAUUCGAAAAAUAUUUCAAAAAUACGAGAGAUUUAUACGAUUAUGCUGCUAUCGAACAGAAACAGUCAUUUACGAUCAGUUAUUCGGAAAUUCUCAAUGAUCAGAUGUUUUUAGAAAAACAGCAAACAUGGAGUUUAUUCUUCUCCGAUCAGAAUGAAACAACAAUGCGACUUAUUGGUUUAGCUAUGCAUCAAUGUAUGACCGAUGAACAAGAAGAAAAAGAUCGUUUGGCAGCUAGUGAAUGUCAUCAUCCAACAGUACCUCUUGUUGAUCUACCAAUAAUUCAUGCUCGCCUAGUCAAUUUCACACCACAGAUUCAAUUAAAAGAGGUCAAAGCACAAGCUUACGGUAAAUUCGUUUCGAUUCGAGGCGUUGUUGUUCGUGUAAGUAAUUCACAAUGUUUGGUCAUUCGACUUGCAUACGAAUGUUCCACUUGUCGACAUACGUUUGGUGUCACAUGUGAAAAUGGUAAACAUACCGAACCAGAACGUUGUCCAACGCCUGGUUGUACAAGUCGAGUAUUCGUGCAACAACGUUCACAUCCAUUAACAACAAUUAUCGAUUGGCAAACGAUUCGAUUGCAAGAAGUUGCUUCUGAAGCAUCGAAGGCACCGGGUCGAAUUCCACAGACAAUUGAAUGUGAAUUAACAAACGAUCUUGUCAGUAGUGCGAUACCAGGUGAUGCCGUCGUUGUUUCUGGUAUUGUUAAAUUAAUGGUUGAUGAAAAUAAUGGAAUGCGGAAAGUAUCGGAUCAAUCUUUAUUACAAGUGUAUAUUGAUGUUAAUUCAGUUGUUAAUCAACGACUGAAUACAUCCGAAGGAUCUAUGAAUGGAAAUAGUCUGAUGAACACGAUGGACUUUUCUUUAUUUGAUUUGUAUGGUAUUCAGCAAAUUCAACAACAACGAAAUGUUUUGAAAUUAUUGGUUCAUUCACUUUGUCCAAGCAUCUACGGACAUGAACUUGUUAAAGCAGCACUUCUAAUGGCUUUGUUUGGUGGAUUAGUUCGAGGUGAAGAUGGUGCUUCUCAUAUACCUAUUCGAUCUGAUCCACAUAUAUUGAUUGUCGGUGAUCCGGGUCUUGGCAAAAGUCAGUUGCUUCACGCUUGUGUGAGUGUUGCACCACGAGGUGUUUAUGUUUGUGGUACAAGUUCAACCCAAUCGGGUUUGACUGUCACGUUGCACAAAGAUAAAGAUGGAGAAUUGAUGUUGGACGCUGGUGCACUUGUUAUGGCUCAUCAAGGUUGUUGUUGUAUCGAUGAAUUCGAUAAGAUGGUUACUCAACAACAAGUUUUACUUGAAGCAAUGGAACAACAGUGUGUAUCGAUUGCUAAAGGUGGAAUCAUGGCGAGUAUACCAGCACGAACAUGUGUUAUAGCUGCUGCAAAUCCUGUUGGUGGACAUUAUAAUAAAGGAAAAACAGUAUCAGAAAAUUUGAAAUUGAAAGGACCGAUUUUAAGUCGAUUUGACCUUGUUUUCAUUCUUAUCGAUCGUGCGGAUGAUGAACUUGAUUAUCGUUUAUCUGAACAUGUUCUUGCUCAACACAAUCGUUCAAUUCGUUCAUCACAUAACAAUACUACAGUCAGUUCAACUCGAACUCAAUAUGAAACAACGGCAGCGAAUUCCAAUUCGACCAACGAUACUUCUCUACUUGAUCAUUUACGCUUGAAAUCUGGUGAAACAAUCGAACCAAUAGGACCAAGUCUUUUACAAAAAUACAUUGCCUAUGCUCGUCGAUAUGUAAAACCACGUUUAACACGUGAAGCAAUCAACAUUUUGAAAAAAUUCUAUUUCGAAUUACGUGUUGCUCAUCAACGAGACGGUACAACUCCCAUUACCCUACGACAAUUGGAAUCAUUAAUGCGACUCACUGAAGCUCGUGCAAAACUCGAAUUACGUGAAGAAUGUACGAAAUCAGAUGCAAUUGAAGUCGUUCAAAUAAUGCGAGCUAGUAUGCUCGAUACAUAUACGGAUGAAAAUGGUCAAUUGGAUUUCACACGAUUACAACAUGGAUCCGGGAUGGGUCGAGCAUCUGAAGUCAGAAAAAUGAUGAAUGCUAUUCGAUGUGUCAGUGAGAAAAAGAAAAAUCCUAUGUUUUCAAAAGCUGACCUAAGACAAAUCGCCACAGAUAUUAAAAUCAAUCUGGACAAAUUCGACGAAUUAUUAACUAAACUAAAUGAUCACGGUUAUUUAUUGAAAAAAGGUUUAAAUUUAUAUGAAGUUUCUUUAGUGGAUUAG